AUGAAGUGGAACGACUUCCAACUGCGAUGGCAGCCAGAGGAUUACGGCAACAUCACCAAUCUUCAUGUUCCUCCCGAUCGUGUCUGGCUGCCGGAUAUUGUGUUAUUCAACAAGUAA